GUCAAUGGAUCGGUCGGUGGUGGCCGACGGCAUCCUUUUAAAUGAUGCCUCGCAGUGUCUUUUCCCCCCUUACGGAUACAACAGACCCUCCAAAACGAACGUCGACCUUUUUGUGGUACAUGUUGGCCAUUAUAGCAUGAGAAAUACGAGCAUGUCGUGUUUUAUUUGAAGAGCCUUGCGAGCUUUAGCCAUGUAGCUCGCUAGCGUCUGCGUGUUACUGUUUGUUUUGUUGUGAUGGUGAUCGUCGCCUGUCCGGGUGGGUCCAGAAUUAAUUUGGGGCUGCGCUCCUCCAAUGAUUAUACUUUUCAUGUGUAGCCGUCCCGCAGCUCAAUUAACUGUUUUCAGACUGUUAAAUGCAUUUAUGCCCCAUCAUAAGAAGUGUGCAGCCAUCUCAUACCGGAAGUCUGAAACAUACAACAAAAUAAGUGAUCUUGUUUCAGGGAAACUACUCUGAAAUUCAAGACUGCAGUUCACUUUUUUUUUUUUUCUGUAACUUUGGUUUUCCCUGGACAUUCUCUUGAUGUUUCUGUAGCUUGUUAUGAUUUUUGGGAGACGCUUGGUUUGCUUCUGCGUCACGCCAACUCUGCCAAGUGAUGAUAUUCAGCUCGUCCCUGGUAAAAUGGAUGACAAGGCCAGCAGCAGCCAGCACAGAUUCCUGGUGGUGCUGCUCAUGGUGUUAAUCUUCGGCGUCAUCAUGAUCCAGUACGUGUGUCCGAGCGGGACUGAGUGCCGGGUGCUCCGCCGCCUCGGGUCCUGGCUCCACGUGGGUUCCCAGAACGGCGACGUCCAAGAGAAACGGGAUCCUUACAUUGCAGAGGACGGCGCCUUGGUGCGCUUCAUACCGCGCUUCAACUUCACCAAGGCGGACCUGAACCGCGCUGUGGACUUUAACAUAAAGGGAGACGACGUCAUAGUAUUCCUGCACAUUCAGAAGACGGGCGGCACCACGUUUGGCCGACACCUGGUACGGAACAUCCAGCUGGAGAGGCCGUGCGAGUGCCACGCCGGACAGAAGAAGUGCACUUGCUACCGGCCGGGGAAGAAAGAGACUUGGCUCUUCUCCCGGUUCUCCACCGGCUGGAGCUGCGGCCUCCACGCCGAUUGGACCGAGCUGACUCGCUGCGUCCCGUCGCGUAUGGACUCCCAGGAGGUGCCCAAGACCAUGCAGAGUAGGAAUUAUUACUACAUAACCAUCCUGAGAGACCCCGUGUCCCGCUACCUGAGCGAAUGGCGUCACGUCCAGCGCGGCGCCACCUGGAAGGCCUCCCUGCACGUGUGCGACGGACGCUCGCCGACGUCGUCCGAGCUGCCCAGCUGCUACCCGGGCGACGACUGGUCCGGCUGCUCCCUGCAGGAAUUCACCGACUGCCCUUCCAAUCUGGCCAACAACCGGCAGACGCGCAUGCUAGCUGACCUGAGCCUGGUGGGCUGCUACAACGUCUCGGCCAUGAGCGUGGACGAGCGCUGGGCCGUGCUCGUGGAGAGCGCCAAGCGGAACCUGCGCGGCAUGGCCUUCUUCGGCCUGACCGAAUACCAGCGCAAGACCCAGUACCUCUUCGAGCGCACCUUCAACUUGGCCUUCAUCGCGCCCUUCACGCAGCUCAAUGGCACGCGGGCGUCCGGCGUGGACGUCCCCGCCGAGACGCAGCGCCGGAUCCGCCGGCUGAACCGCUGGGACGUGGAGCUCUACGAAUACGCCCGGGAUCUCUUCCUGCAGCGUUUCCAGUUUGCACGCCAGCAGGAGCGCCGGCAGGCCCGGGAGAGGCGGCAGCAGGAAAGGAGGCGCCUCCGCGGCAGGCUGAGCACGAAGCGAGGACGCCAGCAAAAACCCACCCAAGCCGCCCCCAGGAUUGAAAAUCACCCGCCGGUCCCUCAGUCCCAAGAAAAAGUCCAGGAAGACGAGAGUUUGGAUUUCGACGGGCUGCUCCCAGAAUGGUGGGAAAUGGAUGAGAGCGCCACCGCGGAGGACUACGUGGACAAUGUGGAGCAGUGGAAGUGAAUUUUUGGUUUUUCCUCUCAAACUCAAAAAUGAAUUAUGCCUUACUCGGUGGAGCCGAUAUGAUCGCAGUCAGAAGAAAUAACCUUUGCAGAAUAUUUCUGUGAUUAUCGAAGAAACCCGACUAUGAUCUUCACUUACUGGAAUAUGUUUACAAUGCCAUUUUUUUGUUGUUUGUUUGAAAAUGAUUUUUUAAAAUCAAUUUCAGUUACAUGAACCACAAUAUACAAAUUACUGAAAGAUGUUGUGUAAUAGUAGGAAUGCACGUCUGUCUCUUCUCCAUCCAUUUCUGAGCUGCUUAUCCUCACGAGGGUCGCGGGAGUGCUGCAGCCAAUCCCAGCUAUCAGGAGGCAGGGUACGCCCCUGAAGUGGUCGCCAGCCAAUCGCAGGGCACACGGAGACGGACAACAGCCGCACUCACAGUCACACCUUGGGGCAAUUUAUUGUGUCCGAUUAAUGUUGCGUGUUUUUGGGAUGUGGGAGGGAACCGGAGUGCCCGGAGAAAAACUCCACACAGGCCGGGGCCGGGAUCGAAUCCGAGUCCUCGGAACUGUGAAGCCAACGCUCUACAGCUGCUCCACCGUGUCGCCCUCUUCUAAUAUAUAUUGAUAUAAUUUUUUUUAUUGGUCUUAUUGUCUUAAGUAACCACAGAGUUUGUACUACUAAGACGCCCUUAACUACAAAUCAGUCAACUCCAAAGCAAUACUGUACAAGCUCAGUAGCUUCUUGUGGGAAAAAGUACAGUAUUGCUUAGGUGGAAUAUAAUGUACUUUUAUAUCUAGUAUUUGUAUCGACUGACGUUUUUGGGGUUUGUCCAUUCCAAUUUGGUCAUUUUGCCUUUUCAGUUUUAUGUUUCUUUGAAGAACACCAUACCUUUUUUUUUAAAUGAAGCUGUCAAACAUUUUAAACGAGCUUUUAUAACAAAAAAAAAUAGAAGAUACCUCAGUGUGUAGUGUAACUUGUAAAAGCUGUGAAUGUUUCAAUGUACUGUAUCUUUGUCUUUACUUUUUUUGUACUGUAUAUGUAAAAAUGUACACCUCACUAAUUACUGUGAUGUUAUUUAAUUCAGUUGCUGAAGGUGUCUGCACGCACCGACAAGCUUUUUGAUCUGUCAAAUGCAUUAAAACAUACAUUAAUGUAUUUUUA